UAGUCGAGCUACCCUCACCUACCCGUAGGAUCUGAUUACACCGUGUAAGAAAUUUCAAGUGCCUUGUAAAUAACCGACUAGGUAGGUAGCUGGGCAUUCCCAAAUCUACGGUUGACAAGGCCGUCGAAUGUUGUCUGAUCGACGAGCCAUCGUCCCUUGCUCUUCUCAUUCAGGAGAACUCUCACGUUUAGGAUAGCUAAUACUUAAGUACGUGAUCACGUCGUGUCUUUGCUAUCUCGUGAAAUUUUCUCUCGAAUACUAUUGCUUCGUUACGCUCCUUUAUCACACCCGGUUUAACCUUGGUCCGGACUCGACCACUUCCUGCAAAGAUGUGGGCUCGCGACAGUUUACCCCCGGCGAUGAUCGUCUUCCUCGUGCUGGAUAUCAUUGCAGUCGGCCUACGAGUAUUCGUUCGAACGCACAUGAGUAAAUCUUUCGGCUACGAUGAUUGGGCCAUGUCUCUCGCCCUAGCGGGCUACAUCGCUCUUUGCGCUCUCACGUUCACAUCGCUAAACAACGGUUAUGGGUCGGACACCAUCGAGCCUGGGUGGGACAUACAGAAGGGAGUCAAGUACUUCGUCGCCUCAACUCUAGCGUAUGUCAUCGUGGUUUUCGUCGCCAAGAUCAGCGUGGCCCUCGUUUUGUACCGAAUCGCCGUUACAAACAAGCCAAUCCGAGCGCUUCUGAUCGUCUCCAUGGUCAUUCUGACGAUAUGGACUACCGUCACGACCCUCAUUGUCGCGUUCCAAUGCACGCCUCUCCCGGUCGCCUGGGGUGAGGGCACCGGAACUUGCCUGCCGGCGUAUGUUCUGGCGAAUACCGGCUACUCCAUUUCGGCCAUGGAUAUCGCAUCUAGUUUCUUAUAUGCGGGUCUACCCAUACUUCUGUUGAAGGGAGUGCAACUGAGCAGCAGAAUGAAGGCGUCUGUCAUCAUCGUUCUCGGAUUGGGCAUCGUGAGCUCCAUCGCUACCGUUAUUCGACUCAAGUACCUCAUCGAUGUGGCCAAGUUGACGUCCGCCACUGGCGUAGAAGCGUCCAACGCUUAUCUCACCACAUUCGUCUAUUCGGUAACGGAGCUCGGGUUGACCAUCUUCACUGCGUCGCUUGCUGCGUUGCGGCCUUUGUUGAAAUACGUGCCCUGGGGUAACGACUCGACGCAAGGAUACGCGAGCUCUUCGAAGAAGAAAUCGGAGCUGCGCUCGAACAUGGGACCUGCCGUCAAGCUGGACGACUUGGAAACUACUCCCAGCCAGGAGCACAUCAUACCGCAGGGACACAUUCAGAAGGAGACGCAAUAUCGUGUCGAGUAUACGAAUGUCUAGAAUAUGACCGACUGGUGACCGUUUUUGUCUUGUAUUAAUAUUUCAACAAGCCUUCAAAUAUAGAGCUCUAGUUGAGUUGAAUAGCUUCAACGUACACAGUCGUUAAUAUAAGUCGCUCGGUAUAUUUCAAGCAUCCUCGUAUCUAAGUAUUCUAAGAUGUAUAAUAUUAGUCCUCGUUCUAAGAGUGUCUUAGCGGUAAGAAACAAUUGGAUCAGAACACUUCUGCUAGAUUAUUCGUUAGGUGUGUGUGGCAACCUUUCGUGGACUCGUCACCGCUCGAUCUCGUAGCAUAGGUAUUUGGCAUCAAUUGAAUUAUUAUAGGUAUUCAAAAA